AUGACUACUCCGCCAAAGUCGCCGUCUGAUCAGCUGAGAUUGUUGCUGCCACAGCCAACUUUGAGAGCUGGAAAUGGAGCUGGAUACCGGGCGACGUUGUUGAAUGAGGAUGAUUUUCUACAUAAGGAGGAGGAGGACGACGAGGGGGAGAAGGAAGACAGUAUGGAUAGCGAAGAAGAAGAAGAACAGGAAAGAGAGCACGCUCAGGGCCACGGAAGUGAUAAGGUCAACAUACACAGCUACAAUGCUGUGGACGAUAAUGGUGAAGCAGCUCAUCCUGCUGUCAAUGGUGCUCCUGAUGAUGAGCAUCAGGUCAGUGACUUUAAUCCGAUGUCGAGGGGGGCAACUGCUCUCAGUCGUCGGCUAACUAAAAGUGAUGCUGAAUCAAUAGUUGGCGGUGAUUCAAUCAGAAAUGUUCAUGACGAAUAUGAAGCUGACGUGUACAUGGAUCACCCCACUGCUGACCCUGACAAGCCAACUGAAGAUCAAGAGGUCAAAAUUGGCGAUCAUACAUUCACUGACACCAAGAUGAAGCAAUACAACCCCAACCAAAAAGUAUUUUCAUUUGCGUUACCAUUUGGUGGUGGGUUUUCCUCCUUGCGAGAAAACGUUGCGCGGCAUUUACACCAGUUGAAAAAUAUUGACGUUCCAUUUGUGAAACACGAUGAAGAGCACAAGAUCGAUGAAGAAUUACAUCGUAAAGUUGAAUUACGAUUACAGCGACAACAAUCAAUCAGCACUGUAGAUGAAGAACAGUAUUUCAAGGGGUUUAAGGGAGUCGACGAUGGUAGAAGUGAAGCGAUAAGACACGCACUAACACCCAAUUUUAAUGAGUUGUUACCCAUCAAGAAUAAAAAGGACUUGCCUGAUUACGAGUCCAUUUAUGAUCGGAUUGACGGUAAUAUUGUUAUCAUGGGUGGGUAUCGAGGAUCGAUUCUUCGCGACACCAAAACUCACAAGCGAGUAUGGAUCCCGUUGAAAGCGGGGUUCAAUUUGAGGAAAAUCGAUUUGCUUUUGGGGCCAAAUAAGGAAGAUGAAUGGAAUGCCGAGGAAAAGAUGUACCCCGAUGGGAUACUUUCUCAUGUUGGUCCUAUUGAUGUGUGUAGAAAAUUGAUCAAGAAACUUGAUGCUAAUCCCAAUGUCAAUAUUCACGAAUUCGGUUAUGAUUGGCGAUUAAGUGGUGAUUACGUGUCACAUAAAUUGGAAGAGUUUCUCACCAAGAUUCAUCAAGAAACGGGUAAGCCGACAUUGGUGAUUGCCCAUUCGAUGGGUGGAUUAAUGGUUCAUGGAGCAGUUCAAAGGAAUCCUAAAUUGUUUCGGUCAGUGGUGUAUGUGGGUUCGCCAAGUGAGUGUUUGAAUAUUCUUGGGCCUAUAAGGUUUGGUGAUUCCGUGUUGCUUUCUGAUAAGAUACUUACUUUUGAAACGAAUUUCAUGAUGAGAUCGAGUUUCAUCUUUUUGCCAUUGAGUGGAGAAACUUUUUACGACAAGAAAACAAAGGAAAAGUACAAGAUUGAUUUUUUUGAUCCUGAUAAUUGGGUUGAGUAUAAUUUGAACCCGUUGGUGUCAAAGCAAAGAAAAAUUGAAGCUGAAUCAAAGGGAAAGAAGUUGAAUGAGCAACAUAGGCUGAGAACCUUUUCAAUUGCAUCAAGUAUUGGAUUAACGAGGUCUCCUUCACCUCCUUCGUCGAUCAUUUCAUCAUCGACUUUCCCCAGCAUCAAUCAGAUUAGCUCCAAAUUUUCCAAAAUGUAUCGUUCGACGUCGUUGAAAAAGUUCAAGCGCGGCUCCGAUUCAGCAACAGACGAAUCAUCGCCACCUCCAUCAUCGGCAUCCGCAUCCGCAUCAGCAACAACAACAGCAACAACAACAACAGUAACUGCAACAGCAACAGCAGCAGCAACAACGCCAUCAUCAACCUUGAACGGCGAUGCUGCUUCACCAGCUAGAUCUUCUUCUUCGUCUCCUUCCCCCUCACCUCCCCCUUCUUCAUCAAACGACGCUCCUUGCGCUUCUGAACCACAACCACCAGCAGCCACGUCCAUGGUUCCAGGUGUCGAUUCCACCGGGACACAGUCCACACCACACCCCCAUCAGUACUCAUUCACGUUUGCCGAAUCGUAUCGCUACUUGAGCGAAACCUUGGAGUCAACCAAAAAAUACGUUCUAUCAUUAGAGCACGACCCGAAACUAGCAGCAGAAUAUCCGCCAAUGGCAAUGGUCUACGGCAACAGGAUCCCCUCAGUGCGGGGAUCUCUAGUUCGGUCAAGACAAGACAUUAAAGAUGGAAACUAUUAUGAGUUCUUUUAUGGACAUGGAGACGGUGUCAUUCAUCAGAAAUGGCUCAUGCCUGAAAAGAAGGGUUUCACUUUUUAUGAUAAGCAUACUGGGACUGGAGAAAUUGUGGGCAAGUUUGCUAGUGAGGCGGCACAUGUGGGGUUGAUGACCGAUUUGGAUACUAUGGGCAAAGCUUUGAAUGCUGUCUUUGAGGCGGAAAAGUUUUGGGAGCAGAAGAAGUUGCUGCAGAGGAGAAAAAUGAGGGAGAACUCUGCAUAG